CCUGGAGAAGGUUCCCCGAGUGCUCCAGCUGAACCCCAAGCCCCUGAAUCUGAGCCUCAGAAGUCAAAGGGAGCGCCGCCCAGCUCCCCCUUGGCCUUGGCUGUGGAAGAAGUGAGUGAAAACUCCAUUACGCUGACCUGGAAAGCCCCGGAGGAGACAGGCCGGUCACACCUGGAUGGAUACGUGGUGGAGAUCUGCAAAGAUGGAAGUGCGGACUGGACAGCUGUGAACGAGGAGCCUUUUCUUUCCACCCGCUACACGGUCCAGGACCUUGGCUCCGGUGACAAGAUCCAUGUACGGGUGAAGGCUGUCAGUGCCUGCGGUGCCAGUGUCCCGGCUACCCUGGAGCAGCCUGUGCUCAUCAGAGAGAUCCUCCAGCUCCCAAAGAUCCGCAUGCCCCGUCACCUGCGGGAGACCUACGUCAGGCACGUUGGGGAUGCUGUGAACAUGAUGAUCCCUUUCCAGGGAAAGCCGCAGCCCGAGGUGCUCUGGACCAAGGGUGGCCAGCCCCUGGACAGCAGCCGCGUCGUCAUACGCAACACCAGAGACACCAUCUUCUACAUCCGCGAGGCGCAGCGCGGCGACUCGGGCAAGUACGAGCUCACCGUGAGGAUAAACGGAGCGGAGGACAAGGCCACCCUGGACAUCCGAGUGAUUGAGCUGCCGGGGCCCCCCCAGAACCUGAAGCUGGUGGAUGUGUGGGGCUUUAAUGUGGCCCUGGAGUGGGCCCCUCCAGUGGACAACGGGAACUCUGAGAUCAAGGGCUACAUAGUGCAGAAAUCGGACAAGAAGAGCGGGAAGUGGUUCACGGCGCUGGAGCGCUGCACCCGCACGAGCUGCACCAUCUCCGACCUCAUCAUCGGCAACACCUACAGCUUCCGCGUGUUCGCUGAGAACGCCUGCGGGCUGAGCGAGAAGGCGGCUGUCACCGCCGCGGUGGCCGACAUCAAGAAGACAAAAACUGCUUACCAGCCAGAGAAGAUCCCCCAACGGGACAUGAUGGAGCCUCCAAAGUUCACCCAGCCCCUGACAGACCGAAUCACCACCCGGGGCUACAACACACAUCUCAUCUGCUGCGUCCGGGGCUUCCCCCAGCCCAAAAUCAUCUGGAUGAAAAAUCAGAUGGAGAUACGGGAAGACCCCAAAUACAUAGCGAUGAUCGAGCAGGGCGUCUGCUCCCUGGAGAUCCGCAAGCCCAGCCCCUUCGAUGGGGGCAUCUACACCUGCAAAGCUGUAAACGCCCUGGGGGAAGCCUCAGUAGACUGCAAACUUGAUGUGAAAAGUAAGAUUGGCUGA